AAUUAUCAGAAAUGGAUACCAACAAUAAAUACAUUCCACCGGCAUAACGAUGACAAAGAACAAGAAAACAUCGCUGUUUUUUUUUCUCUGUAACUAACACCACAAGACGAUGGAAGGCUCUACAUAUCAAAACUCUGGUUAUUCACCAACUUUACAACAUUCACAGCAUCAUGGAAAUUCCUCAACAACAACAGUUUCCAAGUCAUCAAGUCCAGUAUCAUCCAAUUUAAAUAUCAAUACUUCACCAAAUGGAGGCCAAACAUCAUCACCAAACACACAGAACUGUCACUACACUCACAAUGGAAAUAACUCACCUGCAACAAAUACACCUGGAUUCUUGAAUCAACACCUGGUAGCUACCACCCUAGGGAUUCCAAGUGUGACCAUGUCUGGGAUCAAACCCCAUGGGAGUGGUGACCCAGGGACUGCAUCAAGUACAAGACCCCAAACUACCUCUGUGAUGAGCCAUAGUCAGAAUUUGAACCAUGAUGGACAGAACAUUCAAGAAAAUGUUAUGUUUGGUGUGCACAACAAGGUCCCAGAACCGCUACCAUUAGUUGACCCCACCCUUGCCUUUCAGAAGACUUUAAGAGCAGAUCCUCAGUUUACAUCAUAUUUUGAGCAAUUACAGUCAAGUAACAAUGAUGGUCAGUCUGCAUCAAGUAGAAGUACUGUCAUUGAAGAAAAGAUGUUUCAGAUUUUUAAACAGCAAAUGGGUUAUGAUGUGUCAAAUGAAACACAAAGCAAAGAUUUGCCUUCUACAAGCCAAGUUAAUCCAGAGAGGAAUGAGAAUGUAAGUCAAGUGAACAUGCUUUCUCAGAACUUACAGACAAACCCACAAGUUGGUUCUGUGUGUAUUGAUUCAGAUGCUUAUAAUGGGGAAAAGGAAGAUAUUUCUAAUAGUUGCAUAAAAACACAGGGGAUGUCCAAUUCCUGGACAUCCACAUUGCCAUCAAUGACCAUGAUGGCAGGAAUAAGACCUAAAAACAAAAAAGAUAUCUAUCACAGUGAUGACAAUGAUGAAGAAUGUCAGGGGAAGAAAAAGAAGAAGAAAGUAGACAAAUCACAGCACACAAGACCAGAGAUAUCUGAAUAUUCUAGUAUAAAUGUGAAUGGGUUAGGACUUGUGGCAGCAGCUGCAGCUGUAGCACAAAGAACUACUGAAAAUAAUGUUCCUUUACUCCAGUCUGGCCCUGAUAUGUUAGCCAUCACUAACACGCAACCUAUCUUUCCUACCACAUAUCAAGGUUUUCAUGAGACCAUGCUUGCUGCUAACAACAUCAGUGGUCAGGGUGGAAAGUUAAGACAGAAUAUUGAUGGACCAGUCUCCUGUGACAUUUGUGGUAUCAUGUGUGCAAAUAACUUUGGUCUGUCUCUCCACAAAAAAUCUCAUGUGAAUCAAACAUUUAAAUGCAGAGAAUGCAGUUUUGCUGCUGGUACUGUAACACAAUUACGACUGCAUGAAAAGUAUGUGCACAGCUCGGUAAACUCAAGCUCCACAGAAGUUGACUUCCAACAGAAUAGUCUUGGACUUGGCACUAGUAGCAAUAAUAAUGCCAACUUUAGUUCACAACCUCAACAAAAAUCAAGCAUAAUGGAUGCAAACACAGAGAACAAUGAAAGAGUUAAUUACCCAUUCCAGUGUUCAGUAUGUGAUGGAGCAUUUCGCCGAAAGCAGGAUCUGACGCGGCAUAUGCAGGUCCACAAGAACAUACACAAGUGUAAUGUUUGUCAGGAGGGAUUCCCUUCCAAGCAGAAACUGGCAUCACACACUGCAGAAAGUCACCAGAGUGGAAUGUUUUCCUGUUACCAGUGUUUGGCUCAGUUUGCUCAUCCAGUGCACCUGCAGCUACACCUGAAUAUCUGUAACCAGAGCACAACAACAGCCAUCCAGAAGAGGUGGAAGAAUGUAGAGCAAACAGCAGAUGAAGUCAUGGUAGGGGACAGGGACAAACAUAAUGUGUGUAAUGUAUGUGGGAAGGGCUUUAAAAUGGUACACUACCUGAAGUCACACAUGAGGACACACACCGGAGAACGGCCCUUCUCCUGUCACAUUUGUUUCAAAUCAUUCUCCCAACGAUCUACGCUUAAAGUUCAUAACCGCAUUCAUACAGGAGAGAAGCCUUAUCAGUGCAGCAUGUGUAACAAGGCAUUCUCUGUCAGACUGUACCUACAGGCACACAUACGCACGCACACAGGCGAGCGACCUUACAAAUGUAAUAUCUGUAAUCGAUCCUUCAGUCAGAGGUCCUCAUUGGUCACACACACCAAGCGACAUGACGGAUUCUGA